UUAAUUCCUUACAGAUAUCAUCAUUUUACUUGGAAGAUUCCAGAUCACAGUGGUGCCACUAUGGGUUCAAUGGAUAGGUACAACACAUCCUCCUUGAGCUUCACCUUCAGGGGUCUGUUCAACAGGAAGGACAUUGCAGGCUUUCUUUUCGUCAUCAUCUCCCUCAUCUUCUUCAUUGUGCUGGUGGCCAACGGGGUCAUGAUCUUCCUGAUCCGCAUGGACUCCAGGCUCCACACCCCCAUGUACUUCCUGCUCAGUCACCUGUCCUUCAUCGACAUGACCUACAUCUCCACCAUCGUGCCCAAGAUGCUGCUCGAUUACGUGCGGGGUCAAAGAACCAUCUCCUUUGUGGGGUGCAUAGCUCAACACUUCCUCUACCUCAUGCUGGUGGGGGCCGAGUUCUUCCUGCUGGGUCUCAUGGCCUUCCGCUACGCGGCCAUCUGCAACCCGCAGCGCUACCCUGUCCUCCUGAGCCAGAGGGUCUGUUGGGUGAUCAUAGCGGGGUCCUGGUUUGGGGGUUCAUUGGACGGCUUUCUGCUAACACCCAUCACCAUGAGCUUCCCCUUCUGCGCUUCCUGGGUGAUUAACCACUUCUUCUGCGAGGCCCCCGCGGUCCUGCGGCUGGCAUGUGCUGACACAGCGCUCUACGAGACGGUGAUGUACGUGUGCUGCAUGGUGAUGCUGCUCAUCCCCUUCUCUGUGGUGAUUGCCUCCUGCGCCCAAAUCCUGACCACCGUGCCCCCCAUGAGCUCAGCGAAGGGCAGGCAGAAAGCAUUUGCCACCUGCUCAUCCCACAUGACGGUGGUGACAUUGUUCUAUGCGGCUGCCAUGUACACCUACAGGCUGCCUCACUUGUACCACAAGCCAAACCAGGACAAGGUCUUCUCCGUGUUCUACACCAUCCUCACCCCGAUGCUGAACCCGCUCACCUACAGCCUGCGAAACAAGGAUGUGACUGGCGCUCUGAAGAGGGCACUGGGCAGGCUCACAGCAUGAAGAGCGGUGGGAAGCCUUGUAGCAGCGGCCUCCCUCUCAUGCAGACUGUGA